AUGGCCGACGCCGCAUCAGGCUCCCAAGACAAGUCCGUACAGGUCAAGCUCGUCCUCCUCGGUGAGGCAGCAGUAGGAAAGUCGUCGGUUGUGCUCCGCUUCGUGUCGAACGAGUUCCAGGCGAACAAGGAGCCCACCAUCGGCGCCGCUUUCCUCACUCAGAAAUGCAGACUCGAGGACCGCGUGCUCAGGUAUGAGAUCUGGGAUACCGCUGGCCAGGAGCGUUUCCACUCGCUUGCACCCAUGUACUACCGUAAUGCACAAGCUGCGGUCGUCGUAUACGACAUCACGAAAGCCGCCUCGCUCGAGAAAGCCAAGACGUGGGUGAAGGAGUUGCAGCGUCAAGCAAACCCGAACAUCGUCAUCGCACUCGCCGGCAACAAGCUUGACCUUGUCAAGGCCUCCUCUGCACCCGCAGAUGGCGCAGAGGACGCGGACGAGGCAGAUGAUGCGACUGCUACACCCGGUGAGGGUGAGGGCGAGGGAUUCGGCGCGGAAGACCUGCGCCAAGUUCCACGUGAGGAGGCAGCGGCAUAUGCGGAGGAGGCAGGGCUGUUGUUCUUCGAGACUAGUGCGAAGACGGGUGAGGGUGUCGUCGAGGUGUUCACCGAGAUCGCCAAGAAGAUCCCAAUCGAGCACAUCCUCGCAUCUGCCCGUGGUGGCGCCGGCCGACCAGGCGCCAACUCGGGUUCGGGCAACCAGCCCGGUGGCGUCAAUCUCGAGCAGAACGCAGCGAAGGGCAAGGACGCCUGCAACUGCUGA